AUGUCGAACGUUUACUUCCCCUACUCCAAGGCGCCUUUGCGCACAAUAAAGGAGAUUCAGUUUGGCCUCUUGUCACCUGAGGAAAUCAAACGCAUGAGUGUGGUCCAUGUCGAAUAUCCUGAGACUAUGGACGAGCAGAGAAUGCGACCACGGACCAAAGGACCGAAUGAUCCAAGGCUUGGUACUCUCGAUCGCCAAUAUUAUUGCGAGACUUGUGAAGAGGGCCAGAAAGAGUGUCCAGGACACUAUGGUCAUAUCGAGCUGGCGACCCCAGUUUUCCAUAUCGGUAUGAUUACAUAUAUAUCUUGGUCAUACGAGCCCGGGCUAAUUCAGACAGGUUUCAUCACGAAGACGAAAAAGUUGCUGGAGACAGUUUGCCAUAACUGUGGGAAAAUCAAAGCAGAUAUGAGCGACUCGAAGUUUCAAGACGCAUUACGUAUUCGCGAUCCUAAACGACGAUUUGACUUAAUUUGGCGCUUGUCGAAAGAUGUCGCUGUUUGUGAGGCUGACCCUCUUCCCGAGGAGGAAGAUCCUUUCUCCAAGGAGGCGUCUAAACCCCAUAAGGGACAUGGUGGCUGCGGUAAUGCUCAGCCAACUAUUCGCAGGGAAGGCCUCAGUCUUGUGGGAACCUGGAAACCAAAUAAGGCGAUGAUGGAGGAUGAUAUAGAUCUUCCACAACCCGAGAAACGAACUAUCACUCCUUCCGUGGCUCAUAACAUUUUUCGCAGUAUUUCACAAGAAGACGUCAGAAUCAUGGGUCUCAGUAAUGAUUAUGCUCGCCCCGAGUGGAUGAUUCUGACUGUUCUCAUCGUUCCUCCACCCGUCGUCCGUCCCAGCGUUGUAAGCGGCAAGAGUACGAGCGGCCAACGUGCUGAAGAUGACUUGACUUUCAAGCUUGCAGAAAUAAUUCGUGCAAAUCAGAACCUGCAACGAUGCGAACAGGAAGGUGCACCAGAGCAUGUUGUUCGAGAAUUCGAAGCUUUAUUACAAUAUCAUGUCGCUACUUACAUGGACAAUGAUAUCGCUGGCCAACCGAAGGCUAUGACGAAAUCAAACCGACCAGUCAAAGCCAUUCGUGGUCGUCUAAAAGGAAAAGAAGGUCGUCUUCGCCAAAACUUGAUGGGUAAACGUGUUGAUUUCUCGGCUCGUACUGUCAUCACUGGUGACCCCAACUUGUCUUUGGAUGAAGUUGGUGUACCACGAAGUACCGCCAUGAUUCUUACCUAUCCGGAAGUUGUUACGCCAUACAAUAUUGAGUUUCUCCAAAAGCUUGUCAAUAAUGGUCCCACAAUCUAUCCCGGUGCGAGAUACAUUGUCCGUGACAACGGUGAACGCAUAGACUUGCGCAUGGCGCGGAAAACGAAUUCUAAUUUGCUCUACGGGUGGAAGGUCGAGCGUCACAUUCUUGACGGUGAUGUGAUCCUUUUCAACCGUCAGCCGUCGCUUCACAAAGAGUCUAUGAUGGGUCAUCGUGUACGGGUCAUGCCUUAUUCUACUUUCCGUCUUAACUUGUCGGUCACAACUCCUUACAAUGCCGAUUUUGACGGUGACGAGAUGAACUUGCAUGUCCCUCAGAGCGAAGAAUCCCGCGCCGAACUUCAUGAACUAGCCAUGGUACCCUUUAAUAUUGUGUCGCCUCAACGGAACGGUCCUUUGAUGGGUAUUGUGCAGGAUUCUCUGUGUGGUAUCUACAAGAUAUGUCGGCGUGACGUAUUUCUCACCAAAGACCAAGUCAUGAAUAUUAUGCUAUGGGUUCCUGAUUGGGAUGGUGUGAUUCCUCCGCCAGCAAUCCUCAAGCCCAGACCUCGUUGGACCGGAAAGCAAAUCAUUAGCAUGACCUUGCCUCCGGGACUCAACCUUUUGCGUGUCGACAAAGAUAAGGCUCCGCUUUCCGAAAAAUUCUCUCCAUUGGCAGAUGGUGGACUUUUGGUACAUGGAGGCCAACUCAUGUAUGGCAUGUUCUCGAAGAAGACCGUAGGAGCUUCUGGUGGCGGUAUUAUUCACACUAUCUUCAAUGAGUAUGGGCCCGAAGUCGCGGUGUCUUUCUUCAAUGGCGCACAACGAGUUGUCAACUAUUGGCUUCUUCACAAUGGGUUUUCUAUCGGUAUUGGUGAUACAAUUCCCGAUAGGAAGACCAUCGAACGAAUAGAGAUUGCAGUCCGCAACGGAAAAGCAGAGGUUGAACAAAUUGUCGCGAGCGCAACUGAAAACACGUUGGAGCCCCUGCCCGGUAUGAACAUCAGAGAAACAUUCGAGAGCAAGGUAUCACGUGCCUUGAACAACGCCCGUGAAGAAGCUGGUAGCGAAACUGAAAAGAGCUUGAAGGAUCUUAAUAAUGCCAUUCAAAUGGCUAGGUCUGGUUCCAAAGGUUCCACUAUCAAUAUCUCGCAGAUGACAGCCAUUGUUGGACAACAAUCCGUUGAAGGAAAGCGUAUUCCUUUUGGAUUCAAAUAUCGCACACUUCCCCAUUUUACCAAGGACGACUAUUCUCCAGAGUCUAGAGGUUUCGUUGAGAAUUCUUACCUUCGUGGUUUGACACCUACCGAAUUUUUCUUCCACGCUAUGGCUGGUCGAGAAGGUCUUAUCGACACUGCAGUUAAGACUGCUGAGACUGGUUACAUUCAGCGCAAGCUUGUCAAAGCUCUCGAGGAAUUAAUGGUCAAAUACGAUGGGACUGUUCGAAACUCCCUUGGCGACAUUAUCCAGUUCCUUUACGGAGAGGACGGUCUUGAUGGUGCUCAUAUAGAGAACCAGAGGGUAGAUAUUAUUAAAUGCUCCGACGCUCAAAUGGAGGAACGUUUCCGAAUUGAUCUUAUGGAUCCAGAACGAACACUUGGUCCUGAAAUCCUUGAACAGGCUGCUGAAAUCGAAGGCGACGUCGAAGUUCAGAGGUAUCUUGAUGAGGAAUGGGAGGCUCUUCUCAAAGAUCGAGAAUUCCUUCGUUCAGUCGCCAAAGGAGACGAAGAGAUGAUGCAGCUGCCAAUUAAUGUCCAACGUAUCCUUGAAUCUGCAAAGACUACAUUUCAUAUCAAGGAAGGUACUAUUAGUGAUCUUCAUCCUGCUGAGGUCAUUCCCCAAGUGCAGGCUCUAUUGGAUCGCUUGGUGGUGGUUCGAGGUGACGAUGUGAUUUCAAAGGAAGCGCAAACAAGUGCAACCCUCUUAUUCAAGGCCCAGCUACGUUCAAGAUUGGCCUUCAAGCGACUAGUCACCCAAUACUCUAUGAACAAACUUGCCUUUAAGCAUGUCUUGGGAGCAAUUGAAAUGCGAUUCGCACAGGCACAGGCUAAUCCGGGUGAAAUGGUUGGUGUGUUGGCUGCUCAAUCUAUUGGGGAGCCUGCCACACAGAUGACCUUGAACACCUUCCACUUUGCUGGUGUUAGCUCCAAGAACGUAACUCUUGGUGUUCCUCGUUUGAAAGAGAUUUUGAACGUAGCCACCAAUAUCAAGACUCCUUCGAUGACGGUUUACCAAGAAGAGCACAAGAAGCAUGACAAGGAGUCAGCUAAACAAUUGCGCAGCGUUGUGGAACAUACCAGUCUUCGUUCAGUAACGGAAGCUACCGAAAUUUACUAUGACCCAGACAUUCAGACAACGGUCAUUGAGAAUGAUAGAGAUAUGGUUGAGUCGUACUUUAUCAUUCCCGAGGACGUUACAGAUGACUCCAGUCGCCAAUCCAAGUGGCUUCUGCGUAUUGUGCUAAGUCGACCUAAGCUUCUCGAUAAGGGACUUACUGUGCAGGAUGUUGCUACCAGGAUCAAAGAACAGUACCCGAAGGAUAUUGCAGUCAUCUUCAGUGACAACAACGCCGAUGAACAAGUCAUCCGUAUUCGUCAGCUCCAUGAUGUGAAGGAAGAUGAGGACGAGGAAGAUAUGGAGUAUGACGUUACUCUGAAAAAAUUAGAACAGCAUCUACUAGAUACUCUGACUUUACGUGGUGUAUCAGGCGUAGAGCGUGCCUUCAUCAAUGAGAAGGACAAUGUUCGCGUUUUAGAUGAUGGCUCUCUCUUCCUGAGCAAGUCGGAUCCACUUUGCAAGGAAUGGGUUUUGGAAACAAGUGGUUCGGCGUUGGCAGAUGUCCUCACGAUUCCAGGUGUUGACGCCAGCCGCACUUAUUCCAAUCAAUUUAUUGAAGUGUUCGAAGUGUUUGGCAUUGAGGCCGCUCGUUCUGCCCUUCUUCGAGAAUUGACGCAGGUGUUGGCUUUCGACGGUUCCUAUGUCAACCAUCGUCAUUUGGCCCUGCUGGUCGACAUUAUGACGGUGCGCGGCUACCUCACUCCUGUUACACGUCACGGUAUCAAUCGUGCGGAUAAUGGUGCUUUGAUGAGAUGUUCCUUUGAAGAGACCGUCGAAAUUCUGCUUGAAGCGGCCGCUUUUGGUGAACUUGAUGAUUGCCGUGGUGUAUCAGAGAAUUUGAUCCUUGGUCAAUUGGCCCCGGCUGGAACGGGAGAGUUUGAUGUGUAUCUUGAUCAGAGCAUGCUGAAUACGGUGGUUUCGAGCAAUACCGGCAUUGGCUUGAUGGGCGCCCUUGGAGCGAAGGAUGCGAUGAUUAACGAUGGAGCUGCAACUCAGUAUGACAACAACUCCCCAAUGAUGGAGAGUGGUUAUAUUGGCACGCCGGAUCCGGACGCGAAGUUUUCUCCGAUCCGACAGGCUGGAUCAGAGACUCCUGGUGGUUUCACGGCUUAUCAACCAUCUGGUGGCAUCGGGGGGUUCAGUCCGGCACCCCAGAGCCCUGGUGGUUAUUCCCCCACCAGCCCGUUCAAUACGAGCCCCGUGUCUCCUGGUUAUUCUCCGUCUUCCAGUUAUUCUCCGGCGUCACCUGGAAUGUCCAUUACAAGCCCUCGCUAUGUGACAUCGCCAGGCUUCUCUCCACAGAGCCCCAAUUUCCAGCCGACAUCGCCUGCUUAUUCACCUACGUCUCCCGCUUAUGGACAGGCAUCACCCACCUCGCCAUCGUACUCUCCGACAUCGCCACGCUUCUCUCCUUCGUCUCCCAACUACAGUCCAUCUUCACCAAAUUUCAGUCCGGCUUCUCCUGCGUUUAGUCCCAGUUCCCCGACUUACAGUCCGACCAGCCCGGCAAUUGGUGGCAGUAGACAGUUCUCGCCGUCAUCCCCAACAUCGCCUAAAUAUUCUCCCGCGUCGCCGGGAUGGUCUCCUACAAGCCCUGAGAUUUACUCUCCCACGUCUCCCAAUAUACACGGAUCGCCGACGUCACCUGUCCGCGGCGCAACUUCACCUAGCUACAGCCCGACUUCGCCGCAGUACAACCCGACGUCCCCACGCCAGUAG